AGUGCAGACAGAGCAGCGGAGACUUUUAGCUGCAAGUGAACGAGAGGAUGUUUUGAACGUGGCUCAAACGGGGACGGAUUUAUUCUUAUUUUUUUCAUCCGAUGUGUGAACUCAUCUGUUUAGGAUUCUGUCAUCUGUUUCUUUUGCUGACCACACCAAAAACAGCGGCAUCAUGGAGCACAUUCGCACACCAAAGGUAGAACAAGUAAAGCUCCUGGAUCGCUUUAGCAACAAGUCCACCACAGGAACCCUGCACCUGACGGCAACACAUCUGAUCUUUGUGGAGAGUAAUUCAGCCAGUGCACAGGAGAUAUGGAUUCUGCAUCAUCACAUCGCUUCUGUAGAGAAGCUUUCUCUCACAACUACUGGCUGUCCACUCCUCAUUCAGUGCCGGAAUUUCCGGGUUGUCCACUUUGUCAUUCCACGAGAACGUGAUUGCCAUGACAUCUACAGCUCUCUGCUCAGGCUGCUCAGACCAGUGUCCUAUAGUGAGCUGUAUGCAUUCUCCUACAAUCCAAAGCAGAACGACCAACAGAGAGAGGAAGGAUGGCAACUCAUAGACCUCGGAGCUGAGUUUGAGCGAAUGGGUGUACCAUGUGACCAGUGGCAACUGACAGAUGUUAACAGGGAAUACAAGGUGUGCGAAACAUAUCCAAGAGACCUAUAUGUACCCAUUACGGCCAGUAAACCCAUCAUUGUCGGAAGCUCCAAGUUUAGAAGUAAAGGCCGCUUUCCUGUCCUAACGUAUUUCUACCAGGAGAAGAAGGCGGCUGUGUGCCGGUGCAGUCAGCCUCUCUCUGGCUUUAGCGCUCGGUGUUUGGAAGACGAGCACAUGCUUCAGGCCAUCAGCAAGGCCAAUCAUAACAGCCGAUAUGUCUAUGUAAUGGACACACGGCCCAAGUUGAAUGCAUUGGCGAAUCGUGCGGCAGGCAAAGGCUACGAGAAUGAGGACAACUACUCUAAUAUCCGCUUCCAGUUUGUGGGCAUUGAGAACAUCCAUGUGAUGAGGGGAAGUUUGCAGAAGCUUUUGGAAGUGGUAGGAACACGUUCCCUCACCAUGUCUGAUUGCCUGGUUGGACUGGAAAGCAGCGGAUGGUUGCGUCAUAUCAAAGCCAUCAUAGAUGCAGCUAGAUUCCUUGCCAAGGCUGUGACCGUAGAGGGCGCCAGUGUUUUAGUGCACUGUUCAGAUGGAUGGGACCGCACGGCUCAGGUCUGUUCUCUGGGCUCUCUGUUGAUGGAUCCUUACUACCGCACCAUUAAAGGUUUCAUGGUACUUAUUGAGAAAGACUGGAUCUCUUUUGGACACAAGUUUGCAGACAGGUGCGAUCAGUUGCAUGGUGACCAUAAAGAGGUAUCGCCCAUUUUUACUCAGUUCCUGGAGUGUGUAUGGCAGCUGACUGAGCAGUUUCCUCAGGCAUUUGAGUUUAGCGAGUGGUUUCUCAUUCAGAUCCAUGAGCACGUGCACUCCUGCCAGUUUGGCAACUUUCUGGGCAACAGCCAACGCCAGAGAGAGAACCUUCAGUUAAAAGACAGGACAUAUUCUUUGUGGGCUCACCUGCUGAGUGAAAAGCAGAAUUACUUAAAUCCUGUGUACAGUGUGAGCUUUGCAGAAUCACACCCAGUUCUGGAGCCAUCCACCCAAGCCUGCUACUUCAAGUUUUGGAGAAACAUGUACCAUCAAUACGACCGUUCCAUGCACCCUCGACAGUCCAUUCUUAAACACGUGCUAACCUUGAAAGAGAGCAACCGAGGGCUAGUAGCCACAGUGCAAGCCUUGAAGACUAAGCUGCAAAAGUUUGGGGUGACCACAUCUCCACUGGAGCCUCGGACACCUCCCAGGGAGCGUAGUUUCCCUCGCAGACCUCAGUCACUUAUCCUGGGAGCUCCUCUUCACAGCCGGAAGGAUGUGCAGCAGGAGUUGGAUGAGGAGGUGUUUGGAGUGGAGGCCAUGGAGGAUGCUCCAGCUAGUGCUGGUGGGGAACGGACUGUAGAGGGAAGCAGUGCCACAGAAAAUGGCUAUGGAGAGCUGCCUGGAUCCUUUGGUUCCAAGAGUGAGCCAGCAGUGGUCACCUUGGAGUUUGGAGUGGCCAGAAUGACCUGCUAAGGACACCAUUAAACACAUGAUUUAAAGAAUUAAGGAAUCUUAGGGGACUGGAAACAUGUAUGAUUUGUAUAUUCUGUUGUGAGAUGGAUGAAGUAUGUUUGCGAGUGUGUGUGUGUGUGUGUGUGUGUGUGUGUGAGCAUGUGUGUAUGUGUGUGCGAGCAGUUGUUUACUCUACUUGAAGGCACUGCACUUGUCGUGACCUCCAUAUGUACGAAAGACAAAGAGAUAAAUGGAAUUGCAUAUCUGUCAAUUCAAAUAUUAUAUCCGUCAUCUGCAUUUAAAAAAGGCUUUUUUUUUUUUUUUUUGUUGCUCAUUUUUAAAGGAUGGCAAUAGCACUAAAAAGAAAAAAAGAUUAAACAAAAAGUUGAUGAACUUGUGACUCAAAGAAAUCUUUGUACCACUGAGAGCACUGUUUUGAGUGGACUCAACUCCAUUCCUUCCACGUCACUGUUACCUUAGAGGAAAAAAGGUGACUAGAUUAAUGAUGUCCAGGAUGAAGGAUUUCAGCAGAGAUGCCCCAUUUACAAGGGUUCCAUGUGCAGUCUGGUCGAUAAGAGGGGUUAGUUAGGAACUCAGAGGUUAAUGUGAUGUCAUAGAGCAGGUCAAAGGUCAUUUUUACUCCUAGGUGAUUAUAUGAGCUAACAAUAAAUC